GCCGUUCAGUCCUCCUGGUGCCUCCUGCCUGACGCACUCCUGCUGGCAGAGCAGGGCAUCGCGCAGGCCCCAGAGGGUGAGUGUGAAGCCAGGAGGAAAGAAGUGCUUGGAGGAAAUGCCUUUUACCAAGGCAACAAGACAUGCACAGUUGAGGGGAGGCGCCCGCAUCUUGGACAAGCUUGGGAGUGACCGCUCUCUGGUCUGGCACAUACGGGGACAGGUGUGAAGCAGAAGCCCCAUGAGAGGAGCGAACCGGUCAGGCGUCUCCGAGUUCCUCCUCCUGGGGCUCUCCAGGCAGCCCCAGCAGCAGCAGCUGCUCUUCGUGCUCUUCCUGACCAUGUACCUGGCCACGGUCCUGGGAAACCUGCUCAUCCUCCUGGCCGUCGGCGCCGACUCCCGCCUGCACACCCCCAUGUACUUCUUCCUCAGCACCCUGUCCUUCGUGGACGUCUGCUUCUCUUCCACCACCGUCCCCAAGAUGCUGGCCAACCACAUACUCGGGAGUCAGAGCAUCUCCUUCUCCGCGUGCCUCACGCAGAUGUAUUUUGUUUUCAUGUUCGUGGACAUGGACAAUUUCCUCCUGGCUGUGAUGGCCUAUGACCGCUUUGUGGCCGUAUGCCGCCCCUUACACUACACAACGAAGAUGACCCCCCAGCGCUGUGCCCUGCUGGUCGCUGUGUCGUGGGUCAUUGCCAACCUGGAUGUCCUGUUGCACACCCUGCUGAUGGCUCGACUCUCGUUCUGUGCAGACAAUGCCAUCCCCCACUUCUUCUGUGAUGCGACUCCCCUCCUGACACUCUCCUGCUCUGACACACGCCUCAACGAGGUGAUGAUUCUGACUGAGGGGGCCCUGAUCAUGAUCACCCCAUUUGUUUGCAUCCUGACUUCGUAUAUCCACAUCGCCAGUGCCGUCCUGAGAGUCCCAUCCCCAAAGGGAAGAUGGAAAGCCUUCUCCACCUGUGGCUCCCACCUGGCCGUGGUUUCCCUCUUUUACGGCACCAUCAUCGCGGUGUAUUUCAACCCUUUGUCCUCACACUCGUCUGCGAAGGACGCUGCAGCUACUGUGAUGUACAUGGUGGUGACCCCCAUGCUGAACCCCUUCAUCUAUAGCCUGAGGAACAGGGACUUGAAAACAGCUCUCAGAAAAGUGCUUGGUGGAAAGACUUUUUCUGUCUGAUGAGAGAACAAAAGCUGAAUCUCGUCCUCAUGUCAAUUUAUAUCUCAUCAAUUAGGUACAAGGUAGCAGCUAUUUUGUUAAAGACAGUCUGGAAACAAACAUAUUGACAUCUGUUUUAGGGACACGCAGAAGGCAGUAUUUAUUUUAUUUGUGCACCUAAUGCUCUGUAACCCUGUUGCCUCUACCAAGAAUGAGACUACUUUUUAAUGACUUGCUUUUAAAUUAUUUUACACCCAGCAUCAGUUUUUCCUUUUAAGUGGCCUGUUUUUUUUUUAAGGUUAAGGGACUUUCUUUAUUUUUUACAGAUUAAGACUACAUAGAUUUCACAUAGUUCUGAAUCAAAAACACCUUUGUCUUCACAGAAUGAGUUAGAGAACGCAGCCUCAGCUGCCAUCCCAGGGACUGGAAAAAGAAGGUGAUCAUUACAGCGAUUACUGUAUUAAAAGUGGUCUAUUAGUUUUGAAUGUUCGAAUCGCCUGGAAACUUUCACAAUCUACUGAUACAAACCAGCAUUUGCGCUUCCUCUGCGCAGACAGCACCCCCGCUUUCUUCCUGGACGAGCAAACCCCUCCCGCACUUUCAAGAGCCGAGUCAGACGGCGCGACCUCCUCCGCGCGAUCGGCUCUUCUGGCUCUCGAGCUCUGUUUUCUCUCGGGUUGAUUUUUCCCCUCCCCUUUUUCUUUGGUUCAGUCCUCCCAUAGGUUAUGGGACCCCUCGUUCCUGAACUCGCAUACAACUCACCUUGUACCCGGGGUCUGGUACUGCUCCUACGCUGAGGCUAUGCUCGUGUCCAGCUGAAAGAAAAAAAAAAUAGAUGAAUACACGUUGCCUUCUCUUUUCAUUUGGACAUUCUUACUUGAGAAGGAGCUUUUAAAAUAUGCCCAUUUUAAAAAACAUAAUUUUUGCUACUUGACAGGUAACACUAUGAAACACUGAACAUCAGAGAAGAAAACUAAAUUAACCUAUAACCUUUCUGCUCCAAAAUAAUCAGUUUAACACUAAUGAAGAUAGUUUUAGAAAAGGGAGCUGCAAUCUUUCCAUAUAAUUUUUUUUCUUUCCAUAUAAUUUUGUGUUCUAGUUUUCUGCCUCCUUCCCAUGGCAGUGAAGGUGUUAGAAAUGUGGGGCUAAAAGCUGCAGAAAGUUUUGCCCAUUCACGGGUGCACCAUCAUUUAUCUUUUCCCUGACUGAACAAUUCCAAGUGGUUUUGUACUAUAAAUAAUGCUGCUGCACACUUCUGGUGCAUAGAUCUUUGUUUGUGUCCCUUGACGCUACAGGUAUCCUAUGUGAACUAUUUCUCCAGCUUGGAGUAAACGUUAUGGUCACCAUUAAUUUCUUUAAUUAUCUGUGCCCCGUGUCACCUGGCCUUACCUGCAGAGGGCGCUGUACCUCCCUAUUGGCAUCAGAGUGCUCCGGAAGCUCACUGGAAGGAGUUAGCCAGUGCUACUUUCUACCAGGUGAUCAGAGAGAGCUGGAAGCUGGACCUGUCCAUUGGCAUGACUGUGUGAGUCGCCAGCACGCAGCACUGCUCCUGAAUUUUGAUGUUGUUUGGUGUGCUGGAGGCCCACUGCUACCGCAUGGACGCUGCUGGCCGACAUCCUUUUGGGGGCCACACUGGGAUGCACCUAUGGCUUCAGGUCACAGCCAUCUGAGCUCACAUUUACUUUAUGCUCCAUUAAAGUCUGACUCUGGGCCCUGAUGGCUACACCCCCAGAGGCAUCCAGCUCCACGGUGUCAAACCAGCUCUGCCCAUGAGCGCCCAGCCCAGAUAUACCCUUCCAACUUUGAGAUCCCCUGGAUUCUUGGGGUCUUUUUGUGUGGAACAGACUUCAAUCAGGUUUUUUCUAAGACACAGGUAUAACUGUGAAAUGGAAUUCAAAUAAAUGUAUAUGAAGAUUACACUUGGA